AUGGCGUGCGAAGGAGGAUCGUGCGGCAAGAGCAGCAGCAAACUCAACAAUGGCGGGAUCAGCCUCGCUGUCAGUAUCAUGAUGAUUUCUGUUUGCUUGACCUCGGCCUCGUCACCUACCAUCGUCUUCGACGUCUACAGUGACCUCGCUUGCCCCUGGUGCUACGUCGGAAAGGACAACCUGGAUGCCGCCAUUGCCAACUUUCGCAAGAGUGGGGGCACUGAAAACAUUGAGGUGCACUGGAAGCCUUUCAUGAUCGAUCCAGCGACAGCCAAAGAGGGCGAAGAGUACAUGGCGUACAACAGGAGACGAUGGGGGAGUGAUGGAUGGACGUACAGCCUCCCGGGAAGAAGAGACAAGUAUGAGAGCUACACUUGA